AAGAAGGAAACAAGCUUUUGCUUUUGAUUCUAGUUAACUACGAAGUCUUCACAUCAUCCAGUAAACAGGGCUAAAACACUGGUGGGAGAGCCCUGUUAUAUUGCAGAGAUGAAUUGGAUGUACCUUCAGGUUCUGCUUGGUGGAGUAAGCAAAUACUCCACCGUGUUUGGUCGCGUCUGGUUAUCAGUGGUCUUCGUUUUCAGAAUCCUGGUGUUUGUUGUGGCCAUUCAGCAGGCGUGGGGUGAUGAAACCAAAGAGUUUGUCUGCAACACGGCCCAGCCGGGGUGUAGCAAUGUCUGCUUCGACCAAUUUUUUCCCAUUUCCCAUGUCCGGUUGUGGUCUCUUCAGCUCAUAUUUGUCACCUGUCCAUCUCUAUUGGUCGUGGCACAUGUCAAGUAUCGAGAAAUGAAGGAUCAGAAAUUUGCUACAAGCCAUGGAGGCGAACACUUUUACAGCAACCCCGGGAGGAAGCGUGGAGGACUUUGGUAUACCUACAUAAUCAGUCUGGUGUUCAAAGCAGGCCUUGAUGCUGGUUUCCUCUAUAUUUUGUACGCCCUUUAUGGUUUUGAUAUGCCAAGGUUGUUCAAAUGCAGUCAGGAACCAUGUCCGAAUACAGUCGAUUGCUACAUAUCUCGUCCUACAGAGAAAAAGAUCUUCACAGUGUUUAUGGUGGUUUCGUCUUCUGUGUGCAUCUUUAUGUGUAUCUGUGAGAUGAUCUACCUGAUUUCCAAGAAAGUUCACAAGUUCUUGAUCAGACACCAUGAAAUGAACACUGCCAAAUAUUCCUCAUGCAGAAGGGUAGAUCCAACAGCCUUGUCCACACAGAACCUGAACAACAUUGAAAGGGCAAAGUCUACAUCAGAGGAGAAAACAUCCGAGCAGGCCUAAAUGUGGCCUGAACAUUGAUUGUGUGGUGAAAACAAAGCAUGAAAAACAGACACUUUGGACCAUGGACCAAAAUUUGGCUACCUCUGUUUAUCUCUUCCUUAACAACCGCGUCGUUACUUUAUGAAACAGUUACUUCGUGAAGUACUUUUUUUAUUAAUAUGCAAAAAAAAAAAAACACGGGUUUUCUCACUGGCAAGGAAUAUUGCCUUUAUAAUAUUUUUAAGACUCAUAUAGAGAAUGUUGGUUUUGAGAUGUUUAACAUCCUGGUUGGGUGAAAUUAACCCAACAUAGGUUCAUUUAUAAACCAUAAGUCGAGACAACUCAGCCUUUUUGAGUUGAAAUGUGUUUUAAUAUGGGUGAUCAUUUUAAAAGGCUUGUGUUCUUGUCUCAUAGAGGACCAUACUGUCCCCUAAUGCAUAGAGAAUAUAGGUGAACAACAUGGUUAAAGCAUACAUCAGUAGCCAUCGCAUCCCUGGUCAAACAAAUGGGAUGUCCAUCUGACAGUACAAAAUAAACAUGAACACUUCUUAAUGGUGUCAACCAUUAAGUAAUGAUGUGUCAAUUUAAUAAAGGAUUUGUUUUUAAAUAAACUAAGAUUAUAAAGAAAAACUGUCACCCAAAAUGAAUAUCUAAUAACCCCUUCCCUUCUAGUAAUGGUACAAUUCACAAAUAGACACCUUUAACACUGGGCAGCACUCACACGGAGAAACCUUUACACUAUGCGCUUGGCACAAAAGAUCAAUGUAAAAUGUGAUGUUUAUGGAACUAUGUUAAAUCAUGUUCACCGAAUGCAUUUCUUCAAAUAACCUAAUUGUAAUUUUGUUGUUAUUCUUGUUUUCCUUUUGUAUU